CUCUCUCUCUCUCUCUCUCAUUCUCUCUCUCUGCGGCUGCUGCUGCUACAAACAACCGACCACCACACAGGAAGGACCGGGACCGGACCGGACCGGGACAGGGGAACAGGAGACCGACAGAGACCGACAGAGACCAUGACAGAAACCACCAAAACCCACGUCAUCCUGCUGUCCUGCGGCAGCUUCAACCCGAUCACCAAGGGACACAUCCAUAUGUUCGAGAAAGCCAGAGAAUAUCUGCACAAAACAGGUCGUUUCAUCGUGAUCGGAGGAAUCAUCUCGCCGGUGCACGACUCCUACGGGAAACCUGGUUUAGUGCCCAGCAGACAUCGUCUCACCAUGUGUCAGCUGGCUGUUCAGUCCUCUGAUUGGAUCAGGGUGGACCCCUGGGAGUGUUACCAGGACACCUGGCAGACGACCUGCAGCGUGCUGGAGCAUCACCGGGACCUGAUGAAGAGAGUCACCGGCUGCAUUCUGUCCAACGUCAACACGCCGUCCACGACCCCCGUGAUUGGUCAGCCGCAGAACCAGACUCCGCCCAUCUACCAGAACCACAACAACAUGAAUCACAAGCCCACAGCCAUCAAACUGUGGGGGAAGGUCAGCGAGAGUCUGGGGAAGAUCUGCUGCGUCCGUCCGCACAUCGAACGCUUCACCUUCGUCGAUGAGAACGCCAACCUGGGGACCGCGAUGAGAUACGAGGAGAUCGAGUUACGCAUCUUGCUCCUGUGUGGCAGUGAUCUCCUGGAGUCCUUCUGCAUCCCUGGCCUGUGGAAGGACAGUGAUAUGGAGGUGAUCGUGGGGGAUUUUGGGAUCGUGGUGGUUCCUCGUGAUGGCGCCGACACCGAGAGGAUCAUGAAUCACUCGUCUAUCCUCCGCAAGCACAAGGACAACAUCGUCAUGGUGAAAGACGCGAUGACUCAUCCGAUGUCCGUCGUCAGCUCCACCAAGAGCCGACUGGCCCUGCAGCACGGGGACGGACACGUCGUGGAUUACCUGAGUCAGCCGGUCAUCGACUACAUCCUGCAGAGUCAGCUGUACAUCAACGCCUCGGGGUAGAGCACAGGGAGAGGGGGGGGGGGCUACAGCUACCAUCAUCUAUAUAAACCCCCCCGCCCCAACAACAACAACAACAACAACAACAACAACAAACAUCCUUCUGUCUUCUGUGUCAAACAUAUUCUCUUCUUUGAGCUUUAGUGUCCCAUCAGUGGGGGGGGGGAUCAAUAAGG